UCUAAGGGAGGUACAGAUACCUGCCUAGAGUUUUUAGAAAAGGCAUAGUUUACUUCUGGCCAGCAGCAAGAUAAGAGAGAACCCAGAAAGUCUGCAGAGGGAAGGAUGGGACUUCUGUGGUGUGUAAUGAGCCUCUACUUUUAUGGAAUCCUACAAAGUCAUGCCUCAGAACGCUGCGAUGACUGGGGACUAGAUACCAUGAGGCAGAUCCAAGUGUUUGAAGAUGAGCCAGCUCGCAUCAAGUGCCCACUCUUUGAACACUUCUUGAAGUAUAACUACAGCACAGCCCAUUCAGCUGGCCUUACUCUGAUCUGGUAUUGGACGAGGCAGGACCGGGACCUUGAGGAGCCAAUUAACUUCCGCCUCCCUGAGAACCGCAUUAGUAAGGAGAAAGAUGUGCUCUGGUUCCGGCCUACCCUCCUCAAUGACACGGGCAACUAUACCUGCAUGUUGAGGAACACCACAUAUUGCAGCAAAGUUGCAUUUCCUCUGGAAGUUGUUCAGAAAGAUAGAUGCUUCAGUUCUUCCAUGAAAAUCCCAGUGCAUAGACUGUAUUUAGAAUAUGGUGUUCAGAAGAUCACUUGUCCAAAUGUAGAUGGAUUUUUUCCUUCCAGUGCCAAACCAACCGUCACUUGGUAUAUGGGUUGUCAUAAAAUAAAAGACUUUCAUAAUGUGGUAACUGAAGGCAUGAACUUGAGUUUUCUCAUAGCCUUGGUUUCAAAUAAUGGAAAUUAUACAUGUGUUGUUACGUAUCCAGAAAAUGGGCGUACCUUCAAUCUCACCAGGACCCUGACUGUAAAGGUGGUAGGGUCUCCAAAAGACGUAUUGCCCCCCCAGAUCCAUUCACCCAAUGAUCUUGUGGACUAUGAGAAAGAACCGGGAGAGGAGCUACUCAUCCCCUGUAAAGUCUAUUUUACUUACCUGAAAGACUCUCGCAAUGAGGUUUGGUGGACCAUUGAUGGAAAAAAGCCAGACGACACCGCUGUGAACGUAACUGUUAAUGAAAGUGUAAGUCAGACUCUAACGGAAGAUGAAUGGAGAACUCAGCUUUUGAGCAUCAAGAAAGUUACUGCUGAGGAUCUCAAGCGCAACUAUGUCUGUCAUGCUAGAAAUGCCCGAGGGGAGGUUGACAAACUAGCCAAGGUGAAACAGAAAGUGAUAGCUCCGAGAUACACUGUGGAACUGGCAUGUGGUUUUGGAGCCACAAUCCUGCUGGUGGUGAUUCUCAUUGUUAUUUACCAUGUUUACUGGCUGGAGAUGGUCCUAUUUUACCGGGCUCAUUUUGGAACAGAUGAAACCAUUUUAGAUGGGAAGGAAUAUGAUAUUUAUGUAUCCUAUGCAAGGAAUGCUGAAGAAGAAGAAUUUGUAUUACUGACCCUCCGUGGAGUUUUGGAGAAUGAAUUUGGAUACAAGCUGUGCAUCUUUGACCGAGACAGUCUGCCUGGGGGAAAUACAGUGGAAGCAGUUUUUGACUUCAUUCAGAGGAGCCGAAGGAUGAUUGUUGUCCUGAGCCCAGAUUAUGUGACAGAGAAGAGCAUCAGUAUGCUGGAGUUUAAACUGGGUGUCAUGUGCCAGAACUCCAUUGCCACCAAGCUAAUUGUGGUUGAGUACCGUCCCCUUGAGCAUCCACACCCAAGCAUCCUGCAGCUGAAAGAGUCUGUGUCUUUUGUGAGCUGGAAGGGAGAAAAGUCCAAACAUUCUGGCUCUAAAUUCUGGAAGGCCUUGCGGUUGGCUCUUCCCCUGAGAAGUCUGAGUGCCAGCUCUGGCUGGAACGAGAGCUGCUCUUCCCAGUCUGACAUCAGUCUGGACCACGUUCAAAGGAGAAGUCGUUUGAAAGAGCCCCCAGAACUCCAGAGCUCAGGGAGGGCUGCAGGUGCCUCCCCAGCCCCAGGCACGAUGUCCAAACACAGAGGAAAGUCCUCUGCAGCCUGUCGCUGCUGUGUCACCUACUGUGAAGGAGAGAGUCACCUUAGGAGCAAGAGCCGGGCAGAGAUUCAUACCCAGCCCCAGUGGGAGACACAUCUCUGUAAGCCUGUUUCCCAAGAGUCAGAAACUCAAUGGAUACAAAAUGGCACCAGAUUGGAACCCCCUGCUCCUCAGAUCUCAGCCCUUGCUCUUCACCAUUUCACGGAUUUAUCCAAUAACAAUGACUUUUAUAUCCUAUAAUUACUGUGUGGUGGGUGGUGGCUGCUAUCUCUACCAGCCCUCUUUGUGUCAUGAACCUAUGGGAAUAAUUGACAUUUUUAUCAUCUAAUGGACUAUCAGAUUGUGUCUCCUUUAUUGAUUUUUAAAAACUAUUUAUUUCUAGGAGACAAAAGACCCGCAGGACCUGAAUCCAGAUUAUUGCCUCUAAUGGCCUCAGAAGAGCACACUCUUCUUGGGCCCUAGAAGGUCAGUAUGUGCAAGCUGCCUCAAAUCCGAUCCUUUAUCUUGCCCAAUGUUUUAAAAUUGAGCAAAAAAUUUAAAUGUAUUUCCUUUGAGUUUGUUGAUCAACUUCAUGUUCUGAGUCAGUCAGGUGUACUUGGACUGUGAUACAUACAGGGUGUAUAUCCCAAGGGAACACUACGGAAUGGAGUUGGUUCUGUUGGAAGCUGUAGGGGUAGGCUCAACAGAAAACCUACAGCACAUUUUCCCUGGAAGAACCAAACACACUCACACGGGGAUACAUGGUGUUCUCUAUCUCACUGUAAACUAGUGUUCUCUAAACUGCCGAAAAUUGUUAGCAUCAAUAAAGUUAUAUUUUUAUGUGAUUUUAUUUGUACUAACAAAUUUUUACCUCCCUCUCUCCCUUCUGCCUUUUAUGUCUUUUGAAUUCAUAUCUGAACUGUAUUCCAUUUCAGGAAUCAAGAUUUGGUUUAGGUACUAAGAAAGCUGAGGUGUCUCUUUGCUUCCUUGCUAAAGUGUAUUAGGAGAGAUUCGGGAAAAGACUAAAUGAGAGUGAGAAAAUGUUUCAAUGAAAUGGAAGUUUACACAAAAAUCUCAUAUUUUUACAACUGACAACUGAAAAAUUCAGGAUUGUUAGGGGUUUAGUGUAGAGUUCAGUGCAGGAAUCCCUUCUUUCCAUUUAGGAUUCUAAGAAUGGAUAGUCAAUUCAAGUGCCUACAAGGAUCAGAAGGUAAGAAAAAAGAGAAAGGGGGGGACAGAUAUAAGCAUAAUACACAUGCUCUUCCUUUAAGACCCGUGUGUAUAGGGACAUAGGUAAUGAUGAGUAUUUCUUUACUCUAAACAUUUUAACACAAUCAUAAAAGGCACAUGGUAUUUGAUUUCCAGUCAGGGAGAUAAUAGGAAUCGUUGGGCCUGUAGGUAAUUGAAGAGCACACAUUUCAUAAAAAGGG